AUUUCAGAUCAACAAAGGUCAGUUUAAAAGAUUUUCGUCAGAUUUUGAGAAACUCUCCUCGUUUCCGGGUUAGUACUCCACCAUAUUGGUCAUUUGAGUCAGACUGCACUGUAAACCCAGAUGUUGUUUCUAAUUAAACUUACGAGUGAUCAUUACUUAUUCUUUUAUGUUUAGUAAAAACCUGCUAUCAUAACUAAACAUUAGUUGUUUGUACUAUUUAGCUGAAAGAUUCAUUGCACUAAUCAGGUUUAGCAGAGAUAACUUGGUAUGUUUACUUUCAUAAGAAAGGGGAGGAGGCUAAUUCAAAAACCUGCCUGGUCACGUGACAAGACCAGCGUCUAACGUGCGUCCAAGGGGCUCUACACCUGGCGGGACGAGCACAGGCAUCGGCAGCAGACGGUACCCUGACCAGGAAGCAACCUUACUCCAAGUGGAAUGAUCCUUGUGGUGUGAGGAUGCUGUGGAAGUGUGUUCAUGGAGUUCAGCAGGAUUGUGGGCAAGAACCUCAAGCAGGAAUUCUAUGAGAGCCUCGAUCGGCACAGUCCUCGGCUCCUCGAGUUAUUUCGAUCCAAGAGAGGGAACGUUGGACAGUUGUUGACACAGAUUUCACAACAGACCAAUACUACAGAGCCAACUGCGAUCCGGACACAGGUGCUCAGAGGGCUUCCUAUCAUCCUUGGGGACAACCCCACAAACUUCUUCAAAGCAGGCUUUGAAUCUGAUGAUGAUGAUGAGGAUUCUUUUCGUGACCUUGACAUUGGGAUACUUCAUAUUGAGCGUGAAGGUGCUGUGCUCACACCUUCCCAGCAUCUCAGUCCAGCCUCGUUGAAAAUCAGCAUUGAGGGAGAAGUCGUGAUGGACAACAUUCAAGAUCUGCCAAAAGCAACGUGCAUUCUGUUUGGACUCAUGUAUGCACUCCAUCUUAACAACCCCAAGACUAUGGAGCUCACACUUCAGUUCAUCCAACAGGAGAACCACUCAGUUCUACGGUCUCUCAGCCUGCCUGCUGACGCCACUCUCCACCUGCCGUCACCAGUCCUGCGUGCUUCGUCUCCCUGCCUGUGUCCACAACCUGUCGCCUGAGAGGAUUUUCCCACCAGUCCACCCUGCUACCUUGUCUGAUUCAUUAAUAAACUGUGUAAAACUUCGAACUGUCUAUCAGUCUGCUUCUGGGUUCAAGUCACAAAUCCUGACAAAGAAGCUGUUGACUACAUUUUUUUUUUUUUUUUGCCACACUAGUAAAAUACCUUCUUACCUGUGGGGUAAAGCUUUUUAUUUUCUGUAAAACAAGCAGAUGAAACACACACACACACAC